AUGCCUAUAACUAUAGAGAAAAGAACAGUCUUGCAGCUCAGUCAUGAGCGGCGAGUUCCUCAGCCACCCGACGGCGGCGAGGAGGAACCGAGGGCGCCCGCCGCCGAGGCCUUGCGGCGCCCGAGCUGCAGAUUCCUCCGUCGCAAGGCCGGAUUCUGUGCUGAGUGUGUGGGCGGCCCGGCGGAGGCUAAGGGCAGGCGGGCCAAGGGCAGGCGGGCCAAGGGCAGGCGGGCCAAGGGCAGGCGGGCCAAGGGCAGGCGGGCCAAGGGCAGGUGGGCCAAGGGCAGGCGGGCCAAGGGCAGGCGGGCCAAGGGCAGGCGGGCUAAGGGCAGGCGGGCUAAGGGCAGGCGGGACAAGGGCAGGCGGGACAAGGGCAGGCGGGCCAAGGGCAGGCGGGCCAAGGGCAGGCGGGCUAAGGGCAGGCGGGCUAAGGGCAGGCGGGCUAAGGGCAGGCGGGCUAAGGGCAGGCGGGCCCAGGGCAGGCGGGCCCAGGGCAAGCGGGCCAAGGGCAGGCGGGCCAAGGGCAGGCGGGCCAAGGGCAGGCGGGCUAAGGGCAGGCGGGCCAAGGGCAGGCGGGCCAAGGGCAGGCGGGCCAAGGGCAGGCGGGCCAAGGGCAGGCGGGCCAAGGGCAGGCGGGCCAAGGGCAGGCGGGCUAAGGGCAGGCGGGCUAAGGGCAGGCGGGCCAAGGGCAGGCGGGCCAAGGGCAGGCGGGCCAAGGGCAGGCGGGCCAAGGGCAGGCGGGCUAAGGGCAGGCGGGCCAAGGGCAGGCGGGCCAAGGGCAGGCGGGCCAAGGGCAGGCGGGCCAAGGGCAGGCGGGCCAAGGGCAGGCGGGCUAAGGGCGCGCCCGUGCAGAACUAG